AUGAGUAAAGUACGCUUUUUGAAAGGAUUGCCGUCGAAGAACAAGUUGGGAGAUGCGAAGCGAGGUCUUGUGAUCAAGUGGCGACGAACGCUUCAACACAAACCCCCCAGCAUGACCAAGAAUGGAUCAGUCGCGAGUGAUGAUGCCUUGAUAGACAUCUUGCUUAUUCUCGAUUAUUUCGAGGCUUGA